ACUAUUUAUUUGAAUAUCAUGUAGUGAAGGAAUUGAUGAAAGUAAGAAGAUUAAUUGAGGAGAGAGAAAGAACAUUACACUUAUGGAUUCCCAAAUAGUGAAUCUUGGAAGCUCUCUAAUGGUCCCUUCUGUUCGUGAGCUAGCUAAGCAACCCAUCAGCAAAGUUCCAGAACGAUAUGUUCGUACAAACCAAGAUCCUGUUCUUUCUGACAUAACAUCUUUGCCACAAGUCCCCAUCAUUGAUCUCCACAAAUUGUUGUCUGAAGAUGGAACUGAGCUAGAAAAGCUAAACCAUGCAUGCAAAGAAUGGGGUUUCUUCCAGCUUAUAAAUCAUGGUGUCAAGCCUUCAUUGAUACAGAAUGUGAAGAUAGGUGUUCAAGAGUUCUUCAGUCUUCCAAUAGAAGAGAAGAAUAAAUUUUGGCAAAAACAAGGUGAUUUAGAGGGGUAUGGUCAACAUUUUGUUAUAUCUGAGGAACAAAAGUUGGAAUGGGCAGAUCUAUUCUAUAUCAAUACACUUCCAUCAUACACAAGGAGUUCCUUAUUUUCUAAUAUUUCCCAACCAUUUAGAAAUGAUAUAGAGAACUAUUCUUUAGAAUUGGAAAAACUUUGCAUCAAAAUCAUUAAAUUUAUGACAAAAGCUCUUAAGAUCGAACCUAAAGAUCAAUUUCUAGAGUUAUUUGAAGAUUUAGGUCAAUCAAUGAGGAUGAAUUGCUAUCCUCCAUGUCCCCAACCAGAACAUGUCAUUGGCCUUAAUCCUCAUUCUGAUGCUGGUAUUUUGACCAUUUUGCUACAAGUCAAUGAAACGGAAGGCCUCCAAAUAAGAAAAGAAGGAACGUGGAUUCCGAUUAAACCUCUAUCUAAUGCUUUUGUCAUCAAUGUUGGAGAUAUUUUGGAGAUAUUAACUAAUGGCAUUUAUCGAAGCAUUGAGCAUCGAGCAACAAUCAAUUUAGAGAAGGAGAGGAUUUCUAUUGCUACAUUUCACAAGCCUCAAAUGAACAAAAUUAUAGGUCCAACACCAAGCCUUGUUAGUCUUGAAAGACCUGCACUAUUUAAAAGGAUUCGUGCAGCAGAUUACUAUAAAGGAUACUUUUCAAGCGAGCUACAAGGAAAAUCAUACAUUGAUGUCGUUAAGAUAAAAAAUGCUUAGGGCAUAAUCGUAUUGAACUAUUCAAUAUAUUGAUUUUUGAUAAAAUAAAACAAACUUGUAGCAAACAAUUAUGUCGUUACAUACUAGCUUAUUGAAUCUAUGUAGAUGUAGGAAGAAAAAGAAUCCAUAUAGAAAGAGGGUUUCUUUUAGUAGUGGUUCAAUGCUUCAAGUUAAAAAUGUUAACUUCCAUGCUAAUGUAUAAUAACAAGUUUACAAUAUGAGACU